UUACAUUUCUUUGAGUUUUUAUAUAAAAAGAUGGCAAUUUGUGGUGGUAUGCAGUCUAUGAUUUUGGGAAGUCCAAUAGUGUCAAAGAGGAAUGGAGUGAAUCAGUUCGUUCCUUGUUGUAACAUUCCACGCCCUCAGAGGAAUUCUACUCUUAGUGUUAAGUGUAUGUCCGAGGAUGGUGAGAAGGGCCAAACUUCAAACUCCUUGAAUGAUAUUGCUACAACACCUACGCCAACACCAACACCCAUACCAACACCUCGUCCUGUGGCUAAGACCAGCACCAAAUUCGGAGACCUAUUCGCCUUCUCUGGUCCAGCACCAGAGCGUAUUAAUGGCAGGCUAGCAAUGAUAGGAUUUGUCGCCGCCCUUGGCGCUGAAUUCGCCAACGGCGGCGACAUCUUCGCUCAGCUAUCGAGCGGAGGUUUCUCGUGGUUUUUGGGGACAAGUGCUUUGCUAACACUAGCCUCUCUAAUUCCUCUAUUUCAAGGAAUUAGAGCUGAGAAAAAAUAUACAAGUGGGAUUAUGAGUGCUGAUGCUGAGAUUUGGAAUGGAAGAUUUGCUAUGUUGGGAUUAGUUGCCCUGGCUUUUACUGAAUAUGUUAAAGGGGGAGCUUUUCUCCAAGUGUAAAUAUAGUAAAACUUCUAUAUAACAGUCUCGUUUGUUUCGAAUUUUUUCAGUUGCUAUAGUGAAUUGUUGUUGUUGCUAUAGUGAAUUGUUGUUGUAGAGUACAUAUAUCAUAAUAUAAUGUAAUAUUCGAUUUCGAGAAAAAGUUAAGUUCGACUUUUAUAGCGAAAUUAUUAUAUAAGAAUGUUGUUGUAUAGA